AUGUUUGUACCAUCGAAGGAGCCGGUCAAUGGGGCUGUGUUUUCUCCAUCUGAGAUAGAGAAAGAGAUAAACAUUUUCAAACAAUCAAACGAUCCAACGCCCGAACAGAUGGAAGCCCUUAUUGAACAAUUACAGUCAACUGAAAGGAAGCCUCCCCAAGCAAUUCCUGUUACAACCGAGUCUCCAUCUGGGACCCAGGUUCAUCAAGAUGAUCAAAGCCCAAUCGUUGAACCAGCCCAAGUUGAUCAAGACGAUCAGAGCCCAAUUCUUGACCAAGGCUUCGAUUUUUUUGCUAAUGACGAAAUGUUUGCCUCGGGAAGCUCUUCUGCCCCUCCACCUCCAAAGCACGAUGUUGCAUCUGUCAUGCUAGCCAAGUUACUUUCUUUUCAAGAUUCUAUUCCUCAGUCAAGAGGAAAGGGAAUAUCUAUUGGCUCAGGGCACGGAGGUGAUUGUUAG